CGCAAGACGAUUCAGAGUCGAGUGCACUGACAUUUAUCCCCCUAGAAUGAUAUUGUUUUUUUUACCUAUUUGAUUUGUUGUAGCAUUUGUCAUAGCCACAUACUAUAGUUGUGUAUAUAACUAGUUAAAAUUGUGCAUAAAGAACGGUUAUCUUAAGUAUAUAAAUACACGUACAUACACACAGAAAGGUGAAUAUUAGACAAAGACAAAACAUACAGAUACUGAGAUACCGAGACAUGGAUACAGACAAAAGACACAGAUACUGAGACAAUGGAUAGACACUAAUGUUGUGCAGCGCAGCAGGAGGAUGGAUAAUGCGAAAAUAAUAAUUCUAUUAUUAAAAAUAUACAACAAUAAAACUUGGACCUAGGUAUAUGAUUCUGAAUUUAAAUAAUUUUUAGUAAAGCAGAACAAACCGAAAACCGAAAACCGAAAACAACAACAAAAACCAAAGCAAAACCAAAAACCAAAACAGACGAAACUCUAAACACUUGAAUGAAAAACAAAUUACAUGAAAACCUUAUAGAAGAAUACAAAAAUUGAUGAAUUAAGUAAAGGUAAAGGUAAUAAUUGCUCAAUUUAGCAGAGAGUAUAAAUAAAGAAUUAUACGUUAAGUAAUAAUUUCAAAAUGCAGACAAUCUCUUCACUUUUGGCUGGGUGUGCGAUAGUCGUCCGAUAGUAAUCGAUAAACAUCGAUGAAUGCGCAUCCACUGCGCAUGUGCUGGACCCGAACUCGUGUCAGAUUCAUUGACAGCUUCUGCAGCUUCAAGUGUAUAUACAUACCUGGCGGAUACACCUAGCGAACUAAAGGUCCUGCUGCAGUGGCAAAUGUUUCCAAAAUGAAAUCGAAAAUUCAUUAAAAUGUUGACUGCCGUUCGUCGGAAAUUUCGGCUUGGAAUGCAGCGAACGGUUCUCAUUGCGGUGCUGCUGGCGGUAGGCCUCUUCAGCUAUGCCUUCCUCAACCUCAAGUUCUGCUUCAAGCUCAUGUCGCACAGGAGUCUCAAUCUCAUGUGCCAGAAGUUUGAGCAGCAGGAAUACAGUGGUUCGCUGUGCGAAGAGCUCUGCGGCACACAGUCCACCUUUGACAACUUCCAGUGUCCGCUGAACGACAUGAAGACCAUUCUGUUUACGGCCGAAAAGAAUGGUGAUAUGUAUGCGGUAAAGCUGGCCAGGCACAACGAUGAUGAACUGAGCUGGAAGAACACCAAAGGGGAGGCGAUUUACCCAAAGAUUGAAGAGUUUCAUGAAAUUGUCAAGCUUCACAUUAUACUAGCCUACAAUGUCACCCUCGACGACAACAUGAUACGCGCGUUGGUCAACCAGGAAAUUGCCGAUGACAACUCACAGCAGAUGGUUAGCUUCUGGCGACUGUUCAAGGACAACAACUACAUGAUGGGGAAGCUGUUCGACGAGGAGUCUGUAUUCCCAACAGUGCUGGGGUCGUGUGGUCCCUACUAUGCCACCGAGGGACUGGAGAUAGUGCAAUCAAAUCCCAGCAUUAUGCAGUAUUUGGCCUCAAAUCGUCAGCAGCGGCUUAAGCAUGCCCUCAACAUCAUGGAGUACAUCUUCCGCAUGGAUGAGAUGAAGCCAGAGCCGUUGAAAAUGUGCAAGAUGCAGGUGAAUCGAUUUGGCACCACGCCCGAGCGUCGCCUCAAGUAUCAGAGCGCCGAGCACGUGUACGUGGAGAGUCAGCUGGACAAGCGACUGUCCCGUGGGGUGAAGUGCCAAAGCGACAAGGACUGCCACUUCCACUCCUGCCGCGGAAUGUGCAACGAGGAGCGACAUGCGUGCACCCACAUCCAGCAGAACAACAACUUCCAGAUAUUUUGUGAGCACAUUCUUCUGGGCGGGGGAACCUUCCAGCCUGGACUCUUGAGUGGUGUCCGGCUCACGCGACCCAUGCAGAAGGUGCUGAAGAUGUGCGUGCAGCCGCCCAAGGAACAUCAGGUGCCAGGACGCCAGCAAGCGCCAAAUAUGCAGCUCGCCGUGCGGCUCUACAAUGAUCUGAAGCAGCUGUACCAAGCAGCGGCAGCGGCUGCAGGAAACGAGGCUGGCGAGGACGGACCAGGACCCCGUCAGAUUGAGGAGCAUAGCGGCGACUAAAUGUAAUAGUAGAAAGUAGAUUAAUUGCUGAGCAGCUUUAGACGACAGCUUGCUCAAAACUGAUAGCAUUUUUACGAGUAGUUCUAAUUAAUUAUUAAUAAAAACCUAAAUAAACC